ACUUUGACUUUACUGGUAGACUGUAGUUACCAUUUGCAGAAUCGUAGUGAAGAAUACUUGAAAUUGAGAAUAUGAGAGAAAUUCUAAACCGUUUACGAAUGGAUGCUCCACAGCUCAAACGUAACUCUGAUGAUGUGGGCUGGGAAUAUGGAGUAUUGUAUGAUCCAAAAACUCCAGACAAGGUGAAAUGCAAGUUGUGUGGAAAAGAAAUGUCUGGUGGAGUGUUUAGGAUGAAAGAACAUAUUGGUCAUCAAAGAGGGAAUGUGGCUGCUUGUCCACUGUCAACAAAAGAGGAUCAAGCUAAGUGUAUGAAUGCACUUAAAGAAGCAAAGCACAAGAAAACGAGAAAGAGACAGCAUGAUGAAGAGCUUAGAUCAGAGGUGAAUAUAAAUAAACCGCAUUUGGAUGAUGAACUGCAAGAAGAACAUGGAACUCAAACAGCUCCUCACUUCCAAGGUCCCAUGGAUAAGUUCGCGAACCACAUUAACCCUGAAGCUUCCUUAGCUGCACGGACACGACAACAGAAUAUACAUGAUGCAAUUUCUAAAGAGAAGACACAUGUUGUUCGCCAAUACUGUGCUAGGUGGAUGUACGAGUCAAGUAUUCCCUUCAAUGCGAUUGAUAAUGAAAGUUUCAGAUUAUUUUGUGAAGCAUUGGGACAAUUUGGACCUGGUUGGGUUCCUCCUACUCAAUACCAGCUGAGAGAACCAUUGUUAAAUGAAGAGCAAGAAAGGACAAAGAAAAAGUUGAAGAGUCUAGAAGUAGAAUGGGAAGAACAAGGCUGCUCCGUGAUGACAGAUGCAUGGACUGACAUGAAAAAGAGAAGCAUAAUGAAUUUGUGUGUCAAUUCAAGAGGAGGUACAUGUUUUCUUUCUUCAAAGGACACUUCUAAAGACUCUCACACUGGUGAAUUUAUCUUCAAGUACAUAGAGAAGUGCAUUGGAGAUAUUGGGGCUAAAAAGGUUGUUCAAGUAGUGACUGAUAAUGCUACAAACAACGUAGCAGCUGCAAGGAUGCUUAAAGAGAUGAGACCGAAUAUAUUUUGGACAGGUUGCGCUGCUCACACCAUCGAUUUGAUGCUUGAGGGAGUUUCUAAGUUGCCUUGGUUUGCAAAAGUGAUCAGUCAAGCUAAAGCUCUCACUGUCUUUGUAUAUGCUCAUCACAAAACAUUAUCCAUGAUGAGAGCACAUACAAAGAAGAGGGAUAUUGUUAGACCAGGAGCAACACGAUUCGCUACAUGCUUCUUGACACUACAAAGUUUACACGAGAAGAAAUCACAACUUAUGUCCAUGUUCGGCAGUGAUGAGUGGCAUGAAUGCAAGCAUUCUAAGUGUGUAAAAGGAAAACAAGCAUCUGAUACAGUUAUGAGCUUUGCAUUUUGGAGUAGUGUUAUCAUGGUUUUAAAAGUGUUCAGCCCUAUGGUGAAGGUUCUAAGACUAGCAGAUGGAGAAAAGAAACCUUCUAUGUGAUAAUUAUUGCCUACUCAAUUCUGAAUGAU